AUGGCGGCGGCCGGGGGUGCGCCAAGCCGCGGGGGUCCCGGGCGGCCCUGCCCCUUCUCCAUCGAGCACAUCCUCUCCAGCCUGCCCGAUCGGAAUCCUGCGGCCCGACCUGCCCGGCCACCGCAGGCCAGCAGCCGCCAGAGCCCCUCCGAGCCCGAGGAGCCCGGGGCAACCGAGAUUGUGCCCUGUGCCUGCUGCUGCUGCUGCGGCCCCCGCGCGGUGCAGCGUAGACCCCCCGAGGCGGCCGCCGGGCUGGGCUCACGUCUACCGUGGCCCUUGAGGCUGGGACCUGCGGCGCCCUUGCCCUUGGCAGCGCCGGCUGGAGGAUCCGAGACGCUGUCCGGUGCUAGCGGACCCGGCCCGCAACGACGCACGCGACGCCACCGCACCAUCUUCAGCGAGGAGCAGCUGCAGGCGCUCGAGGCGCUCUUCGUGCAAAACCAGUAUCCGGACGUGGGCACGCGGGAGCGCCUGGCCGGCCGCAUCCGCCUGCGGGAGGAGCGCGUGGAGGUCUGGUUUAAGAACCGACGGGCCAAGUGGCGACACCAGAAGCGGGCAUCAUCAUCUUCAAGGCUCCUGCAAGGCCCUAAGAAAGCUCCCAAGGAAAGCUGCUGCUGAUCCUGAAAGCUACCCUUGGCCUUGGCUGUGACCUUAGGACCCCACACAGAAAGAAGACAGACCUUCUUCAUGAACAAGGACUCUAGGGAGGAAGCAACCUCUUCCAAGAGUCUCCACACUUUCUGGUCACAGGAACUAGCGCUGGGUGUGUGUGCAUG